GCCGUGAGUGGAAGAUUUUUUGAAGAGAACCAGAAAAAGAAGAGAAAAAAAAAAAAAAAAAAAACGCAGAAACUCCUUCCUGAUGCUAUAUGUGAUGCCCCACCGCCCUGUGCUCAUAAUGUACAUGGCGCCGCCGCCCCGAGCGCCGUUUGAUGAUCCGUCCGUCCGUGCUUUUUUUCUUUUGUGUUGUCGUGUUUUCCAGAGCAGAAUAAACGCCCCCUCUCCCCCUCCUCCGCAAAGUAGAGAGAAUGGUGUGGGUACCGUAGGGGAGCAAGUCCGAGAGCCCUGCGCAGAGAGGAACUGAAACGCAGUGGAGAUAACGGCAAGGAAAACGUCUCCUCGUUCUUCGUCAAACCCGAACAAAGGGAAGAUUGCUGGCCAAGAAGAUCUGCUGCCUCCCUGUCAAAAUAUCGUUCGUGUCGCAUAUUCUCCAGACGAC